AUGAUGACAUCUAGUAAAAAUCACAGUGCUGCUCCAGUCAUUUUCAUUCUGGUGGGAUUCUCUGAUUACCCAGACUUUCAGAUUCUUCUCUUUUUGAUAUUUUUGACUAUUUAUGUGAUCACUGUGUUGGGUAAUCUUGGAAUGAUUGCAAUCAUUAUUAUGGACACCAAAUUACAUACACCAAUGUAUUUUUUUCUUAAACAUUUAUCCUUUGUGGAUUUCUGUUACUCUACUGUUGUUGCACCAAAACUGCUGGAAAACUUACUUGCAGAAGAUAGGGCAAUGCCUUUUUCUGCUUGUAUCACACAAUUCUUCUUUGCUGCUAACUGUGCUUUGACUGACACCUUCAUGUUGGCAGUGAUGGCAUAUGAUCGUUUUGUGGCCAUUUGUAAUCCCCUUUUAUAUAUGGUUAUCAUAUCCCAGAAACGUUGUGUCCUGCUGAUGUCUGCAGCAUACUCCUGGGGCAUACUCUUCUCUCUGCUCUUCACCUACUCUCUCCUUGUAUUAUCUUUUUGUGGGACUAACAUUAUUAAUAAUUUUGUCUGUGAGUAUUCUGGCAUACUCUUUGCCUCCUGCUCUGAUAAACACUUCAGUGAGCUGAUACUUUUUAUAUUUGCAAAUUUUAAUAUGCUGAGCACACUCAUGGUAAUAAUCUCUUCUUAUAUUUUUAUUUUUGUAACUGUCAUGAAGAUGCAUUCAGUUAGGGCAAGGCAUAAGGCCUUCUCCACUUGUGCUUCUCAUCUGACAGCUGUUGGAGUCUUCUAUGGAACAGUCCUUUUCCUCUACUGUAUACCCAAUACUAAAAACUCUUGGUUUACCACUAAAUUGGGCUCUGUUCUCUAUACAGUGAUCAUUCCUAUGCUGAACCCCCUUAUAUACAGUCUAAGGAACAAUGAAGUGAAGGGAACACUCAAGAAGUUAAUGAACAAAAAAUGA